GGUGAUGCGGUGAAGAGGAGCAGACUGUGGUAAAAUCAGAACAUACUCGGCUUCUUCAGUGCAUCAGCAAGAUGUGCCGUCUUCUAGGUUGCUAUAAGGAAACCCAAGACUUCAGUCAAGUAAGGCAACGGAGAUGUAAUCGGAGAACAGCUUGGCCCUAGUCAAGCCACCUGGGGUCGCAUGCCCGGCCGACCAAGCCAAACAACAAAGCAAGGAUGGUGGACAUCAUCAACCACACCGGCACCUUUAACAAAUCCUUAACGAACCAGGGCAGGUUCAGUAACCUGGAGGACAUCGAGGUGAGCGCGGACGGCAGCCCGGUGCUCAGGAUCAUCAUCUCCAUCGUGUACUCGGUGGUGUGCGUCGUGGGUCUGGUGGGGAACCUGCUCGUCCUCUUCCUCAUGAAGGUGAAGCAGGGCGUGAAGAGGUCCUCCAUCAACCUGUUCGUGCUCAACCUGGCCGUGACCGACUUCCAGUUCGUGCUCACCCUGCCCUUCUGGGCGGCGGACACGGCUCUGGACUUCAGCUGGCCCUUCGGAGACGCCAUGUGCCGCAUCGUGCUCUCCGUGACGGUGAUGAACAUGUACGCCAGCGUCUUCUUCCUCACGGCCAUGAGCGUCACCCGCUACCGCUCCGUGGCUUCGGCUCUGGAGGAGCGCGCCUCGGGGACGCGCUGCUCGGCCCCGUGGGUGAGCGCGCUGCUCUGGCUGUCGGCCAGCGCGGCCACGGCGCCCACCUUCACCUUCUCCAGCGUGGUGAGCGUGGCCGGGGAGAAGCUGUGUCUCCUGCGGUUCCCCGAGGGCCAGCGCUGGCUCGCCCUCUACCACGUGCAGAAGAUCGUGGUGGCCUUCGUGGUUCCCAUGGUGAUCGUGUCCGUGUGUUACCUGCGGCUCUUGCGCUUCAUCCGCCGGAGGAGCAGCAUGAUGAGGAAGAAGGAGCCGAGACGCAGCUCCUCCAGCAGCAGCAGGGUGACCAGGUCCAGGGUGACCAGGUCCGUCACCGUGGUGGUGCUCUCCUUCUUCCUCUGCUGGAUGCCGAACCACGCCAUCACGCUCUGGGGGGUUCUGGUCAAGUUCAACGUGGUUCGGUGGGACAAGUCCUACUACAUGAUCCACACGUACGUGUUCCCCGUGUCCGUGUGUCUGGCCCACGUGAACAGCUGCCUCAACCCGGUGCUCUACUGUCUCAUGAGAAGAGAGUUCAGGAAGAUGCUGAAGGACCUGUUCUGGAGGAUCUCCUCGCCUGUUAUCUCCAGGUCCUGCCCAGUUCGCAGGCUCUCCGAUGCGUUCAGACCGAACUGCGUAAAAACGCGCGACGACAUUCCCGUGAAUAUCCUGGGUACAGAACACUGCAGACUGUCCACCAUCCACGGACAGGGCGGAACACCACCUGCGCGUGCGGGACACCUCCGAGAGGGCCAAAACGCAGCUAAUUAGUUUAAUACAUCAGAGAAAUGGGCUUUUCUUCUGAAUGUAAAACACGGUAAAUGGCGGACAGAGACAUAUUCACUUCAAAAGUCAUCAAGCCUUUUGGCUCUCCAGAGCUUUAUAAUAACUUGCAAGCCGUGUAUCUACAAUACUAAUUGUUUCGUCUAUGCAUUUGUAAAUAAAGCUGCAAUUAAAAAAAAAAUGCAAUUAACGGUAUAGGCACGCGCGGUCCUAAAUAAAUGGCUAAAUUAAGCGCACCAUUCCCUCUGCCUUGGGCACCUUUAUAAUCUAUAAAUGCCUAUAAAUUGAAGCACCUUGUUAUUUAUGCACUUUCCCGUAAUUUUGCACUUUCUUUCUAGCACGACCUAGCAUCUCGUUUAGCGAACAGAAACGUUUUGAUUACCUCUUUGUCUACGUUUUUUGCGUAUAUACCCGCCUUCCC